UCCAAUUUCUUUGUGACAUUCAAUGUGUCCUUGGAUGCCAAGUCAUGCAUUUCAGAGUACCAAGUAUUUAUUUCCUCUGCCUCACUGGGGUGACACCAGGUUUCAGAUCCACAUGACUACAGAAGCACCUGUGGACACUACACAUGACUGUGUGACCUUUGAGGACGUGGCCAUUUACUUCUCUCAGGAAGAGUGGGGACUCCUUAAUGAGGCUCAGAUAUGCCUGUACCUUGAUGUGAUGCUGGGGAACUUUGCACUUAUAACCUCAUUGGGUUAUGAGCAUGGCGCAGAGGACACGGAGGCAACUUCUACACAGAGCAUUACAGUUGAAGAAGGGUUGCAGGGCAGGACUUCAAAGGCUGAUUCAUCCAAUCAGAAGACUCACCCCUUUGACAUGUGUGUCCCAACCUUGAAAAACAUUUUGCACCUGGCUGAGCUACCUGAGCAGACACCGUACUUGUUUGGAGCACGUACAAAUGUUCACCAGUGCCAGAAGCAUUACACUGUCAAGAAACCAUUGAAAAGGGACCUGGACAGUGCCUCUUUUGUGACAAGCUACAGAUUCUGUAUGUCAGAAAAGUCAUUCACCAGAGAGGAGAUUUGGAAAGAUUUCCCAGCCACAUUGUGCCUUCUUCAGCCCCAGGCCAUCCCUAGAGGUGGGAAGCCAAACAAAAUAUCUGAGUGUGGGGAGGCCUUUCAUGGUGGAAAAAGUCAUUAUAAGUUAGGUAAAUACAGGAAAGCAACCAGCCACAGCACUCUUGUUCACAGCCAGAGAGACUACACUGGAAAAGGGUUUUAUGAGUGUAGAAAAUGUCAGAAAGUGUUCCAUGACAAGAACUCAUUUGUUCAGCAUCAAAGGACUCACACCAGGGAAAGGCUUUAUCAAUGUGGCCAGUGUGGGAAAUCCUUUAUCCAAAGAGCUCACCUCAUUAUACACCACAGAGUUCACACUGGAGAAAGACCCUACAUGUGUGGCGAGUGUGGGAAAUCCUUUAGUACAAAAUGUAUCCUUGUUGAACACCAGGUAGUUCAUACUGGAGAAAGGCCUUAUGAGUGUGAGGAGUGUGGGAAAGCCUUUAGGUAUAAAUCUAAUAUUAUUCGGCACCAGAGAACUCACACUGAGGAAAGGCCUUAUCAGUGUGGUCAAUGUGGAAAAGUGUUCCGUGAAAAGUACUCACUUGUUGAGCAUCAGAGAACUCAUACUGGAGAGAGGCCUUAUCAAUGUGGCCAGUGUGGAAAAUCCUUUAAGCAAAGAGCUCACCUUAUUGUGCAUGAGAGAGUUCACACUGGAGAAAAGCUCUAUAAGUGUGGCGAAUGUGGGAAAUCCUUUAGUCGAUGUUCCAACCUUAUUGAUCACUGCAGAAUUCACACUGGAGGAAGGCCUUAUGAGUGUGGUGAUAUAGGGAAUCCUUUAGUGGAAAGUCUGGUCUUAUUUAACACCAGGUAAUUUGUACUGGAGAAGAACUCUGAAUGCAGUGAAUGUGGGAAGUCCUUUGGACAAUUCUGACCUAAGUUACCACCAUAAAUGCCACACCAUCAAAAAGCCUCAUGAAAGCAACAAAUGUGGGAAAGCCUUCAGCCUGAGAUAAAGUUGUUUAGUAUCACCAGAUCUCCAUUUAAACUUGCAGGAAUGUGUUUUCUCUUUGGUUAGUGUAUGCAUUAUGAGAAAGCCCUUGUAAGGGACCUAUCUGUGUGAUGUAUAGUCAGCCAUCCCUACCACCUGAUUCUACACUGAGGAUUCAACCAAUCAGUUCAGAAAUUUUAUGUUGUUGCUGAUGUGUAUCAUACAGUGAGCCUAUGAAAUUCUGUCUGUAUAGAAAACACAUCCUUUUUCUUGUCAGUAUUCCAUAAUACAGUAUAACAACUAUUUAUAUAGCAUUUACAUUGUAUUAGGUAUAAGUAAUCUAGACAUGAUUUAAUGUAUACAGGAGGAUGUGUGUAGGUUACAUGCAAAACUGAUGUCAUUUUAUAGGAGAGACGUGAGCAUAUUAAGAUUUUGGUUUUCUGGGGUGAGAGGGGUGGGGUUCCUAGAACCAAUUUGCCGUGGAUACUGAAGGCUGGUGUACUUCCAAAUUCUAGAGGGUGAGAUUUCACAUGCAUUCCAGGCAUGUGUGAUUCUUUUACCAGGUACUUUGCAUAUUCUAAACUGCUGGGGGCUUUUGCCAGUUACAUCACUACUGUCUUCCCUGGUAGAAAUUGUUUUAUCUGUAGUCACUUUGAUGUGCUGAGGCAAUCCAGACAUGUUUCUGUAUCCUAUUCCCUGGAGGAAAUAUUUAGUAGCUUGAGCCUUUAGGGCAACUUUAUUCCCUUUUAUGACUGAUAAUGCUGUAGAUCUAAUCCUGUUUUAGCCAAGAAAACUCAGUUGAUUCAGGUAGAGGCUGGCAGGGAAAGAAAGCCUUUGAGGAAAUUGUUAGUUUUGCAUGACACUCUUUGAUGUUUUCAGUUUCCCAACAUAUCAACUGAUAUCUCCCUGCCUCACAUUGCUCUGGUUUGUACCCUAAUAAAGGCCUUAUUUCAAUUCCUUAA